AUGGUUUCUUCCAGACAACUACUUGUAUCAGCAAUUUGCUUGCUGAAUAUUGCUCAAGCCAUCGCCUCUUCAGCCUUUCUACAGUACCUUUUAUGUGUAGACAAGGCAAACCUCAAUCACAUCCUCUCCUCUCUCUCUCCUCCAACACUGAAAAUCAUGACUACGGGUUCUACAAUUCGUCUUGUGGUCAAAACCCUGACCAAGUAUGCAAUCGGACUUUGUAGAGGAGAUGUCAAGCUAGAUGUUUGCCAUAGCUGCCCCAACCACUCCACAGAUCUUCCUACACAGCUUUGUCCCAAUCAGAAGGAAGCAAUAGCACGGUACGAGGAUUGCAUGUUACGAACUCAAACGACAACAUAUUUGGCACCAUGGAAAAGCCUUCGUGCGUUUUGUACGUGGAACAAGGCAUCAGCCGACGUGGAUAGAUUAAGACCUUUUUGA